CAAUUUUCUACAUUCUAUUUUCUACUCUUUGUACGUUUCCAUAUAAUGAUUUAUGAAUAUUGAGGUUCAAGUACAACGAUUGAGAAAUGAGUGUAAGAAUUGGGGUAUUGUUUGUGCUACUAUUCAUAUUCAUACAUGUAUUGCUUACAUCAGCCCAGAAUCAAGAUAUUGUAUAUCUACAAGCUCUCAUGGAUAACUUGCAUAACACUCCACCAAAUUGGGUCGGAUCUGACCCAUGUGUGGAAAAAUGGGAUGGGAUCUCCUGCAUCGAGUCACGUGUGACAUCAAUAACCCUAUCAAGCAUUGGAUUAAGUGGUGAGUUAUCUGGAGACAUUGGACAAUUAUCCGAAUUGCAAACACUGGAUCUGUCUUACAAUAAGGAUCUCACAGGAUCUCUUACUCCAGAUAUCGGGAAUUUAAAAAAGUUAUCAAAUUUAAUCCUGGUUGGUUGCGGUUUCAAUGGUCCACUUCCUGAAACACUUGGAUCUUUAACUCAACUAGGCUACUUGGCUUUGAAUUCAAAUGGAUUCACUGGAUCAAUUCCACCAUCAAUAGGGAAUCUUUCUAAACUUUAUUGGUUGGAUUUAGCUGAUAACAAGCUUAGUGGGCCCAUACCAGUGUCUAAAGGACCCACCCCUGGCCUUGACCAAUUGGUCAAUAUAAAACACUUUCACUUUGGAAAGAACAAGCUCUCAGGUGAAAUACCACCUCGCCUCUUCAGCUCAAAAAUGUCUCUUAAACACGUGUUAUUUGAAGAAAAUCAGUUAACAGGAACAGUUCCAUUGACACUAGGGCUUGUUCAGAAUCUUGAGGUCUUACGAUUAGACAGGAAUUUGUUAAGUGGUGAAGUCCCAUCAAACAUCAACAAUCUUACAUCACUCAACCAGUUGUAUCUUUCCAACAACAACUUUGAGGGCCCAUUGCCCAAUCUCACUGGAAUGAAAAUCCUUAACUAUUUGGAUAUGAGCAAUAAUUCUUUUCAACCAUCAGAGAUUCCUCCAUGGCUUUCAUCAUUGCAAUCUUUAACAACAUUGAUGAUGCAAGAUACAGGGCUUAUAGGAGAAGUACCUGUUGACUUAUUUAGCAUUCCACAAAUCGAGACUUUGGUACUAAGAAACAACGAGCUUAAUGGAACCCUUGAUUUUGGAGCUUCUUAUAGCAACCAUUUACAUUUCAUUGAUAUGACAAACAACUUAAUUUCUGGAUACACAGAAAGAAGCCGAUACUCUGCUGAUCUCAUACUCAUCAGCAAUCCAAUUUGUAGGGAAUCAGACACAACAGCAUCAUAUUGUGAUCCUCUGAUAGAUUCCAACUCCUCAUAUUCAACACCACAAAACAAUUGUAUUCCUGAAACUACUUGCACUUCAGAUCAAGUUUCAAGUCCAAAUUGUAAAUGUUCAUAUCCAUACACAGGAACUUUGACUUUUAGGGCUCCUUCUUUCUCUAACCUUGGAAACUCAACCAUCUAUACAUCCCUUCGGAGUUCCAUCAUGGUUUCUUUUGAAUCCAACCACCUCCCGGUUGACUCACUUUCACUGAGUCAACCCACCAAGAACUCAGACGAUUACCUCGAAAUAAACCUAGCCAUUUUCCCAUCUGGUGGUGAACGAUUUAAUAGGUCAGGGAUUUCUCAAAUAGGAUUUAUACUUAGCAACCAAACUUAUAAACCUCCCCACUCUUUUGGGCCCUACUUUUUUCUAGGCCAUAAUUAUGACUUCUUUUCAGAUGCACCAAAAAGAAAGGGAAAAUCAAUUGGAAUUGGAGUUACUAUUGGAGUAGUAGUGGGAGGUUGUGUGCUAGUGAUAUUACUUAUAAUUGCUGGAAUUUAUGCUUUUCGUGAGAAAGGAAGAGCCGAAAGAGCUACAAAGAAGAACUCUCCUUUUGCUUCGUGGGACCCAGAUAAAGGUGGAGGUGAUUGUCCUCAAUUAAAAGGGGCAAGAUCUUUCACAUAUGAAGAGCUUAAAACUUGCACAAAUAAUUUUGCAAUCACUGCCAACAUAGGCUCUGGUGGCUAUGGGAUGGUGUACAGAGGGACACUUCCAAAAUGGGCAAUUGGUGAACAGAUGCUUGUAUAUGAGUUUAUUGUCAAUGGUACACUCAAAGAUAGCCUUUCAGGGAGAUCUGGGAUAAGAUUGGAUUGGAUGAGAAGACUGAAAAUAAUCCUUGGAGCUGCAAGAGGUGAUGCUGAUCGUACACAUGUCACCACUCAAGUCAAAGGAACAAUGGGCUACAUGGAUCCCGAAUACUACAUGACACAGCAAUUAACCGAAAAAAGCGACGUUUACAGCUUCGGAAUCGUGAUGUUAGAGCUAAUAACUGCAAGAAAUCCAAUCGAAAAAGGUAAGUAUAUUGUGAGAGAAGUAAAAGAAGCCAUGGACAGGGAAAAAGACCUUUAUAACCUCCGUGAGGUACUUGACCCGAUCAUCGGUUUGACCCAUGAGCUACAAGGGUUGGAAAGAUUUGUGGAUAUCGCAUUGAGGUGUGUUGAAGACACUGGAAAUCAAAGGCCAAGAAUGAGUGAGGUUGUGAAAGAGAUUGAGAGUAUUAUGGAACUCGCGGGUUUUAAUCCGAAUGCUGAGUCAGCAUCGGCUUCCGAAAGUUAUGAAGGGAAAAGUAAGGGGAGUGGGCAUCCUUAUUUGAAUGAAAGCCUUUUUUCGUAUAGUGGAGGUCUUUUGGAUUCAAAUUUGGAGGCUAAAUAAUGGUGUUAUGUUAUGUUAUGUUAUGUUAUGAAUUCGGUUUAUUUGUGUAGCGUGUUUGGUGGUGAUCGCGAGUAAAUUGUUUUUGAAAUCAUGAAUGUUUGUGAAAAAUCAUGUGUGAUUAGUGCAAGUAGUAGUUAUUUUUAAUGUUUUUAAAGAUAGUUAUUUAUGUAUAGGUAUAUCAUAUAUAUGGGUUCAUUUGAUUGAUGAAUAUGGGAAGCUAC